UGUCCGUCUGUCCGUCCGUCAUCCCUCAGGGAAUGGCCCCGGGGUCUCCCCGCUCUGGCUGCUGGCCGCGUCCCAGGGCCCUGUGAGGCGCUGCGGGUGCGCGCUCACUGCGGCCGAGCCCGAGCAGUGCGGACUCCCGAGGGAACGUCCUGAGGGAGCCUCCCGAGGUUUAACGGGGCCGAGAGGAAGGGUCGAGAGAACCCCUGGAAACAGUAGAGAAUGUCUUUUCGUGGAAGAGGAGGUGGAGGAGGAAGAGGAGGUGGCUUCAACCGAGGAGGAGGUGGCGGUGACCGAGGCGGCUUCAACCGCGGCGGGCGAGGAGGUGGCUUUGGACGGGGAGGUGGAAGAGGAGGCUUCAACAGAGGAGGAUUUGACCAGGGCCCUCCAGAAAGGGUAGUUUUGCUGGGAGAGUUCAUGCAUCCCUGUGAAGAUGACAUAGUUUGUAAAUGUAAAACAGAGGAAAACAAGGUGCCUUAUUUCAACGCCCCAGUGUACCUGGAUAAUAAGGAGCAGAUUGGCAAAGUGGAUGAAAUAUUUGGACAGCUGAGAGACUUUUAUUUUUCAGUGAAACUGUCUGAGAACAUGAAAGCCUCUUCAUUUAAAAAAAUGCAAAAGUUUUACAUUGAUCCAGCAAAGCUGCUGCCUCUUCAAAGAUUUUUGCCAAGGCCCCCUGGAGAAAAAGGUGCUCCCAGAGGAGGUGGUAGAGGAGGACGUGGUGGGGGACGUGGGGGAGGAAGAGGCGGUGGUAGAGGAGGAUUUGGAGGAGGCAGAGGUGGAGGAAGAGGAGGAGGAUUCAGAGGAGGUAGAGGCGGAGGAGGAGGAUUCAGAGGAGGAAGAGGCGGUGGAGGAGGCUUUCGGGGAAGAGGACAUUAAAAAUGGAGCCAGGAGUAUCUCCUCAUUGUCUUAUCAUGUCAUCUGCAGAAGCAAAGAACCAUGCAAAAUUUUUGUAAAGGACCUUGAAAAUCUUUUUAUAAAGAACUUGAAGCUACAAAUGACAAUUAUUUUUACACUUCAUGACUGUUGAUGGAUGCAUGAGGAGAGUGUAGCCCCAGGUGAAGAGCUGAAGAUUGCUCAGAAUAUGUGUAAACUUUUCUCACUGAGACACAAUUUGAUGUUAUUCUUAAACUGUUUGUUUCUGACAAGCAGUGCAGUCAGUGCUUAACUCCAUGUUGGAGUUGGGAGUAAACAAUCAGUUGAAGUGGGCUUUCAAAAGACCCUACAGGUUCACUUCAUGCACGUACUUCAGUGUGAACUUGUGCAUGACUGAUCCUUGGUUCUCAUCCUCCUUUUAUAUUGAAUCUUCUGGACAUGCCGUUUAAACAACCUUUGUGAACCUUUUUUUAUAAAUUAAAUUUCAAACUUUUGUGUUGAUAGUUUUGUAAAUGCAUAAUGUAUAAGAGAGAAGACAGCAGAGUAUAUUUUGUGAAUUUUUCUGUAUAAAUAUUAAUGAAAACCAAAGGCAUUAAGAUGUGGUCCUCUUAGAAGGUGCUGUCUAAUGAACAAGACAAGAUCAAUACUAUACUUCAGUCAUCUAAUGGUAUCUAAUUACACUGAUAUUAAAAUGCUAAGCGUUUUUUAUUGGCCAUGCAUCUUCCCAUUAGCCUAUUUCUGUUGAGGUUUUGAUGUCCUGGUACUGCACCUCUGGGUUUGUGUAGAGCUGAGAUUAAAUAGCUCAUCAUAGGGCUCCUCUGCACACAAUGCUUUCAGUUAUGUAUUGCUUAGAAAGGCAUGACAAAGUCUGCAUGGGCCUGGUCUCUUUAAAUGGAUGCAUAAUGAGGGUUGUUGGAAAGAUAGGGACUGUGUCUUCCUAAGGAUGGAGGAGACAAGGGUGCCUCUGCUCUGGACCUUUGGAAAUAAAAUAGGUGAAAAUAGAACUUCCUGGAUUUCUUUCAGCUGCAGCCAGGAGUCUGUUCACAGACUCUCCUGCCAAGCAGUUUUCAAAAGGGGUCUGUAGAAUAAUAUAUGUGCAAGUAUUUUGAACAUCUUGUUCAGUGUGAAAAAAAGUUCCUUUCAGAAUUGAUUGCACUCUUAUGCUUUUUAGUUGAUGAAUGCAGUAAUAGGCAGUUUAAUUAUGUUAGCUUCCUGCUUAACAAAGGCAGCAGGUAAUUUUUCAGUCCCAGGAUUGGACAGUUACUGCAUGUUUUAACAAAUGUGACCAUUACUUCUAAUAAUGUAAAACAAAACUUGAAAGAGUGGAAAAACAAAUAGUAAAGAAUUAACUUAAAUGUGAAUAGAUGCUGCAAAGGAUAAUAGAUAAAAAUGUUUUUCAGCUUAAAAAAAUGAGACACAGAAUAUUGAAUUUCUGCUAGGUCUGCUUUUGUGAGAAGAACCUGACUCUACUUUUAACCCCAGGAAACUCAGGAAAUGAGGGAUUCCAUGGGGUUUUUUCCCUGGUAUUGCUACAAGCCUAGCUUUAGCCAGGUCACUUAAAUCCAGAACUGAGAAUCAUUAGGUUUCUGUUGCUGUGCAGUGCUAGGCCUAAGUGCCUCAGGGCUUUGACUUGAGGCUUUGUAAAAUUGCCUUUUAUCUAAAUUCUUUGUAAGUAAUUGCAUUCUGGCCAUUCCACAUUGCAGCUGAACGACACAAACCAAGUUCACCUGCAGUGUCAGUACUUCUGUCCUGUUUGCAGUUGGUUCCUCUGCUGUGCUGGGUUUCCUCACUGAUGCUUCAAUAGUGGCAGCUGCCUCGGGUACUCUUUCCUUACUGUUCUGACUUUGAAAGACUGACAUAACACAGUCCUCACUCUUACACCCAAAUCCGUGCUGCUCUUUGCUAUUCUUUAGGGACAUGCUUUUAUCCAGGGUGUCACAAGGCUCCUGCCAUGCCUGUGGAGUGCAGGGUGUGACAGGCAGUGUUGGGCUGCAGCAGUGUGGCCUGGCAGCCCAGGAGCAGGCGAGUGUGCCGAGUCUCUCAGCAGAUGGAGCAGUGAGUCAGCCUCAGGCGCUGCAAGGGCAAAGCAAAGGCUCUGACCUCUGUGCAGAGGGGCUAAACAGCAACGUCCAUUGCAGCUCUGGAGGAAAGAUUGGCCUCUUGGGUACAGGGAAGGGAGCACUAUGGCAUGGCCUAUGCAUACUAGCAAUGCUGUUUGGAUUUUAUGCAAAUCUCCAGAGAAAUCUUAGCUCUCCAUGGAGGUUGUAGGAUGUUCUUAGGAUGGAAGAACAUAUGAGGAAUCUGUCUGGAUGUGUUUGCCAUAUGAUGAUGCCUUUUUUUCAUUCUCCAUUCUGGGGAAGACGGGAUUUGCAAGGCACAUUAAGUCCUUGUUCUGUGUUGUCUUCUCUGUGCCAUGGUGUGACCCUGCCCUCCUAAUAUAAGUAAGGUGCUAACAGUAACAGAUUAAAAUUCAGUCUCAAAAAAAUGAAGGUGUCUUGUCUGCAGUGUAAUGCUGUAAUGAACUAAGAAGUUCUCUAAUUUAUGACACCUUUCUCUCAGUCCUGAACUUCUAAUUCAGAUUCUAUCUGUGAGUCUGUCCCAGUGUUCCUGAUCUUAGUAAGUGAAAUGUUCUGGAUUUAUUUAUGUGCAUAAUUACAGAUACUCUGCUGCUGCUGCAGAGAAUAGGAGAGGGGCUCACAGGUACUGUGACAGAAAUAGGUGUGUUGGCAGAAAUGGUGAAUUUCAAGUAGUUGCAGUGUCUGGGGAAGAAAAGUCAGAGUGCAAUCUGAAGUGAGGGGAGUGGGGGUGAGGUGCUACUGUAGGCUCUGGAUGACAGUUUGGUGUUCCCUGUAUUUAUUUUCCCCUUUCUGGCAGCCCUUGGAGCACAUUGCUGAACCGUGUAAAUAGCUUCUCAUCUGCCACCUGCUCCAGCAGCACAAGGUGGGGUUGCUGUCCUGGAAAUUCCUUUGGAGCUCAGGUGGGCUUCAGAGCAGAUCAGUGCACAGCAGUAGUGGUGUCACCUACCUGUGUCCUCCUCCACUCCCAUGGCAGUGUUUGACCCAGGUGUAGGCUCUGACUUUGAGCUGAUUUUGAAACUGACGCCAGGUGCAUCACCAGGAUCAUAUUGACUAUAAGUAUUUAGAAGACCUUGAGCCUUUUGUCCAUGCCACAGCAAAAUUUUGAAGUAUUUUUUUUUCUUUUUGGGAUCCAAAUCCUCCUUAAACAGAGGGUAAUACACAGUGGUGUAUUAUGAGGCUUAAAUUGUUACCUAAUGAGAAUGGCUUUAGUGGCCCUGCAUUCCUUGUGGAGUUGUUUAUUUUGUUUUAUGCAGAUGCUGGGAUAGGAUGGCUCAAUGUAGUUCAGAGAUUUGCUAUAUUAUUUACAGAAAUUUGAUGAAGUGCAGAAAAUAAUUGGGAUAUUUUAGUGUAAGUCUGCACCACUGGGAGUUGUAGAAUGGGAAGGAUUUUCUCUGGCACUGACUUGUACAUGUGGAUGUUUGCCUGAAGAAAUGGUGGACUGUUGCACAUAGACUGGUGCAAAGUAAUUUGCAGUUGUGUAAAGCAUUGUCUUGGCAAGGAAGAGCAUUGUUUAAAAAAAAAAAAGCAUAGCUAUUAUGUGAUGUAUGGCAAGUAAAAAUCUUAGUGGGGUCAUGCAUCUUUCAGGGCUAUCAUGUGAAAAUCUCUAUGGAGUGAAACUUUUCUAACCAACAGUUUAAGUCCAGUAAAAGUCUUUGAGAAUGA